AUGGUGUACGAUGCACAUCUGUUUUUUGCCUACGGGAGUUUUUAUUACUUCUAUGUUUUGUACUUCUGUCAUGGCGACUCAUUAAGAAUUCUGCUUCGUUUUAUUAUCGCAGUGAUCAUGGAUGCCAUCAAUCUAGGACUAUUUGUCUUAUCAAUUAUAUGUUGUAACACAGAGCGGUUUCGCAUUAAGGAUCUGGAGGACCUCUUCGACCACUACCAGCUCCGCCUCCACCACGCCAUGCUCAUCGUCUACCUCAUGCUCCAGCUCUUCCUCUCGCUCUGCUCCAUCGCCGCUCUCUUCAUAAGUCAGCACCCGCCGGAGGAGCUCAUCCCGGAGCUGACAGGCCACGGCGCCGCCCUCGUCGUGUGCCUGGCCCUCCUGGUCUACGUGUACGACGAAAGGACCUUCAGGCAGUUCCCCAGUCUCCACGUCGUCAUGUCGGGCCUCAUCAUCCUCACUCUCUUCGCGACGGAUGUGUCCCUCACGCUCUAUUUCCACGAGCAAAACAUCCAGGGCGAUGAGGAUAAGGAUGUCAAGUUCGGCAACAUGAUAUACCUCCUGUUGGUCGUCUAUGUCUUCCUGCCGAUCCCGCGGAAGUGGCAAGUGACGGUCCUCGCCCUCCUGCUCACCCUCGGCUACCUGGCGCUCGGUUACUACGCCAUCCAGGGCGACCAGAGCCCCUACGGCCACCAGCACGUCGUCACCAAGAUGUGCGUUGACGCCACCAUCCUCCUCUGCAUCAACCUCGUGGGAAUUUACUGGCGUUUCAUGAGCGAAGUGGCCUUCAGAAGAGCCUUCCUGGAUAAGAGAGGGAAUCUGGAGUCCAAGUUUAAGCUGGACGCAGAGAAGAAGCAAGAGGAGGGACUUCUGUUAAGCAUCCUGCCCAAGAACAUCAUGCAGCAAGUGAAGUCCGAUUUCCGAAAUAUGAUCGAGAGGACUCUGUACAACACGAUGCCCAUCACCAAAAGCAACCCCUUCCCGAACCUCUACGUCAACCGCCACGAAAUGGUCUCGAUUCUGUACGCUGACAUCGUCAACUUCACACCGCUGACGACCAAACUCAGCGUGGAUCAGCUGGUCGAGAUGCUGAACGAUCUCUUUGGCAAGUUCGACGAGUCCGCUGAGACAAAUGGCUGUCUUCGCAUCAAGAUUCUCGGGGACUGUUACUACUGCGUGUGCGGAGUCCCCGAGUACAACAAGGAUCACGCCCACAACUGCGUCAAAGUAGGCUUUGAGAUGAUCGAUAUCAUCCGCGAGGUUCGAGAGGAACGGGCCGUGAACGUGGAUAUGCGGAUCGGCAUCCACAGUGGCAGCGUCCUCUCGGGUCUCAUCGGCGUUCGCAAGUGGCAGUUCGACGUGUGGAGCAAUGACGUCACCAUCGCCAACCACAUGGAGCAAACUGGGCGUGCGGGCCGAGUUCACGUGACGCACAAAACCCGCGAACUCCUCACUGGCCUUGACUACGGUUUCGAGCCCAAUCCCCCGACCGGCCGCCGCGUGUCCUACAGCUUCCACUCUGCGUCCAUCAAGCCGCGCGUGUCCAUGACGGUGGACAGCGCCGAACUGAAGAACCUGUACGAGGGCGACGUCAGCAAGAAAAUCACCAAGGUCAGCCUCCCGCACGGUGCUGCUCGGGGCUCCAUCCUGGCCAGGCGACGCUCCACCCACUCCGAGAACCACCUGGCUUCGAAGCGGCGCACCGUGGUCACAGACAACGCCCUCAUCUCCUUCCAGCGAAUAAUGGUGAAUUCGAAGGAGUUCAUGGAGAAGGCGAUAGAGAGUAUGCCGCUCAGGAAGUAUGACCAGUGGUUCAAGCCGGAAGGAAUCAACCCGCUGCUGCUGACUUUCACGAAGGAGAGUUGGGAACUUCCUCUGCUCCGCCAACCCGACCCCCUCUACAAGUACUACAUCCUCUGUGCCAUCUUCAUCUUCGUCGUGAUCUUCCUCACUCAGGAGCUUCUCAUGCCAGUGAACUCGUGGGGCUGGGCGGCGGGCGUGGCGGGCGUCCUCAUCCUGUCGGUGGUCGGGCCGCUGUGCUGGGUGGCGACGGUGCACCAGAAGAUCGUCGACCCGCACAACGACCGGGAGUUCGACAGCCGCAGCCGCUCGACCCUCACGGAGUUCUUCUACUCGGCGUCCAAGAGCGUGAUCGCCUCCAUAGGGCUGAGGGCGCUGCUGUUCUUCCUCGUCUGCGUCGCCCUCUACAGCUGCGCCGUCGUGAACGUGAUCGAGUGCACUGUCAUCUUAGAAGACUACGCAAGCACGUAUUUGAACACCACGGGAAGCCCUUUUGGAGCCAACGCAAGCACUGUGCUUCCUACUCCUGCUCCUGGCGACAUCCCUGCCCUCUGCUGCGACCCCUGGUACUUCACCUACAGCGUCACCCUCACGCUUCUAGUGGUCUGGACCUUCUUCAGGAUGCACUUCCUCCUCAAGUUCUCCGUCUACGUCGCCGCCGUCGCACUCUACGGCUUCUUCGUCCUGUAUUUUGCCAAGAGCGUGUUCAGCCACGAAGGGAUGACUGGGGUCUGUCCUCGCCUCACCGUGACGAGCCUUGGCCUGACUCCCGGCCUCGGUCACCUCUUCUUCGUGCUCUUCGUCUUCUUCGCGCUCCACGUCAUGGACAGGCAGAUGGAGUACAUAAUGCGUCUGGACUUCCAAUGGAAACAGCAGCUGGAGGCGGAGCAGAAGGAGGCACAAACCACGCACUUCGCCAACAAACUCCUCCUCCAGAACAUCCUUCCCCUUCACGUCGGUAAGAGGACGGACGAACUGUACCACGAGUCGUACCAACACGUCGGGGUGAUCUUCGCGUCCAUCCCGAACUACGGAGAGUUCUACCGCGAGAAUGAGAUGAAUGAGGAUGGGAAGAUGUGUCUCAAGGUCCUCAACGAAAUCAUCUCCGAUUUCGAUAUGCUGACAUACGACGCGCCGUUCCUGACCAUGGAGAAGAUCAAGGUGGUGGGCAGCACCUACAUGGCCGCCUGUGGCCAGCCCGAAGGAAGGUACAGCGACGACUCCAACUUGAGGGAGGGAAGCAAGGAGAACGUUGGCCCCACCAUCACCAAGUUUGCGGCGGCCAUGUUCGAGAAGCUCAAGGCCAUGAACAGAGAACACUUGCAGGAUUUUCGGCUGAGAGUGGGGAUCGACGUGGGACCAGUCAUCGCGGGCGUGGUGGGCGCCCAUAAGCCUAUGUAUGAUAUUUGGGGGGACACCGUCAACGUCGCCUCCAGGAUGGACUACACGGGGGAGAUGGGGAAAAUUCAUGUGACGAAGGAAGUGGGCGAAAUCCUGCAGGAGCAAGGCUGGGGCGUGGAGUGUCGCGGCGAGAUCUACGUGAAGGGCAAGGGCCACAUGGUCACCUACUUCGUGGACCCGACGCAGCCGCCCCCAAGGACGUCCUCCGACGCCCACACGGAGUCGAACAACAACGUGAACCCGGGCCUCAAAGCCAGCAACCACAUCAUCAACAACAACAACAACAAGACGUCGAAGGAGGCGGAGGGCGGCGAGCAGCCCAAGCGAAGGAGCAGCCAGAUGAGCCUCAACUCCCUGAAGGGGUACCUGUCGCCGCACCGAGGGAGCCUUGAGAUCAGCCGGGGAAAGGGCGCCAGCGGAGACAGCAGCAGCCUGUCGUCCAAUUACCGCAGGAGGAAUGACAGCUUCGACGACAGCCGGGAUGGAAAGAGGUCCCGGGGCUCCUCCCCGCGCAACAGCGACGAUUCGGGGGCGUCGGGCAACCUGCAAGGGCGCCAGGGACCCCCGGCGACGGAGGCGGCAGCCCCUGCGAAGCGAGCCUACUUUAACCUCAGCGAAGAUGACUUCGCCAAGUACAACCCCUCCUUCGACAAAGAGGACGAGCGGCCCGCCUUCCCGACUUCCUUGCGGAUCGAGGAGGAGGACGAGCCCGCGGGCCCCGUCGCCAACGGGAACGUCGAGUCGGCCCCGCUGGCGGCGUCGCGGGCCGGGGACGCCACGCGCGGCGCCUCCGACCGCGAGUCGGUGUCCACGCAGAGGAGCAGCAUGGCCUCCAGGGCCUCGAGCAAAGGCAGGGUCUUCAGCAGAUCGUCGACGUUACGGCAGGUGGACGUGCAUCCGCUCGCCCUCCUGAAGGAGCAGGAGUCGGACCGGCCGGCGCACACCGAGCUUUCCAUAGACUCUUGCGAGAGCGAGGACAUCCGCUUGUGAAGACGGGCCUUGGCUAAAGCGACUGAGAAAAAGUUUAUCAAAUUAGCGUUUCCUUUUUUCAUUCUCUCCAAGAAAUAAAAAUGAAAUACGGAGAAGAGGGAAGAGGAAAGAAAUGAAGAGAUAAAGUGAUACUAGGUAAGGCGAUUUGUAUUACUUUUGUUAGAGAUGAAUGUGAAAGCGUGAGCCUCAAAUCUCACACGAAAGUGAUAAAACGAAAAAGGAAAUAAACAUUACGAAAAAAAUGUUACUUUUUACCUCAAAUAAAAACUCUAAAAAGAGUAAUUUCGUCCGCAAGUCUAAGAGAACUUUAAUUCUUUCUGGAAUUUAUAAUAAUUCAGUGGAAGGAUUUUUUUUUCUUUUUUUAAGUAUACCCAUAUUGCAUCAAUAAAAAUCAUUCUUAAAUUUUUGUUUGUGAUUAUACUAUAUAAUUUUAGAUUGUUUUUCAUAUAUUUUUCUUCUGAAUGUAAGGCAAUUUAAUGACCACUUGUGUUUCAUUCAAAUGUCAGCUUUAACAACUACUGCAUUAGGACUUCUUAAAAUUAAAAAGUUACUCUUGCCAUGGGUUAUAUGUGCAAUAAAAUAUUUUCUUUUCUUUUAUUCAUAUAUAGAGCAGUGAAUUUUAUUGUGA